CAUAAAAAAAAAAAAACUACUAAAACCCUGCUUCCCUUCACACACACUCUCUCUCCUUCCCUACGCCCUCUCAGUGCUCAAUGUGUGAGCGUUUGUAUGUUAUAAAGUUCUAUAUAUAUAAAUAUAUAUCGCUCUCAAACUCUUCAUUUUAAUGGCGUGAGCGUGCACAGAAGUAACAGACCGUACUACUACUCUUGGCUAAAACAGUGAAAAAUCAAAAACCCAUUUUCUUCCUUUUAUAUUUUUCCUCUUUUGUGUGUGUUUUUUUUAACCUUGAAUCAAAAUUGAAAAUUCCUUUACAGAUUGAAAAAUGCGACUGAAAUUUUCUUCAACAUCAUCCUUCAUGUUCAUGUAUGUGUAAUGGUUAUUUGAUAUUUUGAUCUGGGUAUUGUUUGUUGUGUUUUUUUUGUGGGUUUGUUUUUGUUGUUUUUUUUUUCCUUAGAUUACUCUUUUUGUGUGUUUUUACUCUGUUGUUGUUGUUUUAGAAGAAAUAUACACAAGUAUCGUAAUUUUGGGGUGUUUGUUAAUGUUUAAAGAAGAGAAGAUGAAGGGUGAAAGAAAGAUAGACAAUUUUUCUGGUGAAAAUUCUCAUUUAACAUCAAAUAAUCAUCAUCAUUAUUAUCAACAUCAUCAACUACAACAACAACAACAACAACAACAACAACAACAACAACAACAACAAAUGUUUGAGGGUGUUGUUCCAUCUGGUAGUUCAUGUUCUUAUACAAAUGGGUUUUGUUAUCCUGAUGUUGGUUCAUCAUCAGUUUCCUCUUUUGAUCAUUCUCGUUUUCCCACGCCAAAAACCCCUUUUGUAGAUCAAUUUUAUGUGGGUUCUAAUUUACCAGAUUCUUACUAUAGGAGGGCUAACAAUGGGGUUAUGAUGGAUGAACGUAGUUUAGCCAGAGAAUUUCAAAAGAUGGAUAUUGGGAAUAAGAUGAGUCAAGUUUCUUCUGAUAAUUUUGGACAAUUUCAUAGAGACCCAGAUGUGUUUAGGAAUUCUGGUUGUAAUGUGGCUGAUAAUAGGUAUUCUAUGGGUGAGAAUUUUGGGGUUUUAGAAGGUUUUUAUAAUGGGUUUUCUGGUAAUGGAGGGUUUCCUUCUACUAUGUGUAGAGAUGAGAAGAGUAUGAAGGAUGAGAGAAGCUUUAGAUUGUGGCAAAGAGGGGGUAAUCGAGGUGAUUUUUUCGAGUCGAAUUCUCACUAUGCUAUGCAUGGUCAGCAGAACUGUUUGAUUAAUUUUCCCCUGGAAGGGACAACCCAUCAAGGAGAUGAGCGCUAUGGGAAUGGUGUUUCAUUUCUUAGAGGAAAUAAAUGUUAUGAUCGAAUGCCAGUGUAUGAAAGUAAUGAUUUUCUAUGUAAUGUUUCAAUUCCGAGGGGAGGCGAACGUGUAAGUAAUGUAGGUAUGAUUUCGAGAGGAGAUGGAAGUUGUGGUAAUGAAGGCCCUCUUCAUGUUGAGUCUGCUUAUGGUCCUCAUGUUGUUGGUGACCCUUUGCAGCACUAUAUGAUGGAUGGUUGUAAGGAUAUGUUGAGUCCUUGGGCAACUUCUCAGAACUUGUCUAUGUAUAAGCCUCCUAUCAAUGAAGCUUUCUUGGAGCAAUAUGGAUGGCAGUUUCCUGGAAAUUUGGGAAAUCUGAGCUCUGUUGGUUCCUCUCAUGUAAUGUAUCCUAAGCAGGCAUUAAGCAGGGCUAAUGUACUAUCAAUGAGGGAAAGAAUGAGAGCUGUUGAAGAAAGGGAGGGUCCUUCAUCUCAUGCACUGAUGAAAAGGACGAGACAGCUUGAUCACUAUGCUUCUGAAAGUUCCCAGAUCUUACAUGAUAAGGGACUGAAUGGUGUGAUUGGUAAGAAUUAUCAGUUAAGUGGCCGUACGAAAAAUUUGCUUAGUGGUAGCACAAUGCAAAAUACUGGGGAGAGGAACUUGGAACUUAAACUUCCAUUGCAGACUGAUAGAGUUUGUGAAAAUGGUAGUCAAAUGAUUAGUUGUGAUCCUCUGCUUCUGCAGACGAUAUAUAAUUCAUUAGUAGAGGUUCCGGGUAACAUAUAUCUCAUGGCAAAGGAUCAAUAUGGCUGUCGGUUCCUGCAGAAGAAGUUUGAUGACGGGUCUUUUGAAGAUGUGCAAUUGAUCUUUAAUGAAAUUAUUGACCAUGUUGUCGAGUUGAUGAUGAAUCCCUUUGGAAACUAUCUUAUUCAGAAAUUGUUGGAUGUUUGCAAUGAAGAACAGAGAAUGAAGAUUGUUCAUAUGGUGACCAAGGACCGUGGAGAACUUGUCAAAAUUUCCUUGAAUACGCAUGGAACACGAGUGGUGCAGAAAUUGAUCGAGAGCCUUAAAACAAGAAAGCAGACUUCAUUGAUCAUACGAGCUCUUGAACCAGGAUUUCUUGAUCUUAUAAAAGAUCUGAAUGGGAAUCAUGUUGUCCAGCGUUGCUUGCUAUGCCUUAGCAGUGAUGAUAAUAAGUUCAUCUAUGAUGCUGCUGCAAAGUACUGUGUUGAGAUUGCAACUCAUCGGCAUGGUUGUUGUGUCCUUCAACGUUGUAUUGCUCAUUCCAGUGGUGAAGACAGGCAGAAGUUGAUAGAUCAAAUUUGUGCCAAUGGCCUUCUUCUUGCUCAAGAUCAAUUUGGAAAUUAUGUUGUCCAGUACAUCGUGGAGCUGAAUAUUCCAUCUGCAACAGCACAGCUGAUCUCUCAGUUUGAAGGAAACUAUGUGCAUCUGUCUACUCAGAAAUUCAGUAGCCAUGUGGUCGAAAAAUGCUUGAAGUAUUAUGAAGACAGCCAGCCAAGAAUUGUGUAUGAAUUGCUCUCAGUUUCUCAUUUCGAGCAACUUGUUCAGGAUCCUUUUGCCAAUUAUGUAGUUCAGUCAGCACUCGAAGUCACCAAGGGUCCCCUUUAUGAUUCACUAGUUACAGCUGUUCGUCCUCACUCGAUGCUACGUACGAACCCACAUUGCAAAAAGAUUUUUAGCCGAGGUCUGCUGAAGAAGUGAUGAUGACAAGGAGAAGUUUUUUGUAUGUUGUUUUUCUGCAGUAAAGAAAUUGUUGUUUGUUUCUUCUACAUAGAACUACUUAGACUAAAUAACUUCGUGAGUCAAUCUCUGCCUAAUCAAGUGUUAGCUUUUUAGCUAGAGAUACUUUGAUUUAAUCUAUCUCAUGGGUAUAAUUUAUGUACAUCGCCGUUUUUGAAUUGUUGAUUCCCAUGAAGCUGUUGAGUGUAAAGGAAUUUUUGCUACCCUGAGACAGAUCACAGAUUUGAGUUGUAUAGCUUAGCUGCUUGUUGUUUUUGUUCACUUCAAACUGAAGUUUUUUUUAGUAGUAUUA